AUGGAGAACAAAGAGACAGAGCCUCCGCAUCCUGCCUUGCCCAGGGUGGGGCGACUCCAGCCCACGCUGGUGCUGGCGACACUGAGUGCAGCCUUUGGCUCUGCCUUCCAGUAUGGCUACAACAUCGCUGUGGUCAACACGCCACACAAGGUCUUGAAGUCAUUUUAUAACGAAACCUACUUCGAGCGGCAAGGGACAUUCAUGGAUGAGAAGGCCAUGCUGCUUCUGUGGUCUUGCACCGUGUCCAUGUUUCCUCUCGGUGGCUUGUUGGGGUCGCUGGUCGUUGGCCUGCUGGUUGAUAAGUGUGGCAGAAAGGGGACCCUCCUGAUCAACAACAUCUUUGCCAUCGUCCCUGCCAUCCUCAUGGGAGUUAGCCAAGUGGCCAAGGCUUUUGAGCUGAUCAUCUUUUCUCGAGUGGUGCUGGGCAUCUGUGCAGGCAUAUCCUACAGUGCCCUUCCCAUGUACCUGGGAGAACUGGCUCCCAAGAACCUGAGAGGCACCUUGGGGACUAUGACUGAGGUCUUUGUCAUCACUGGGGUCUUCCUAGCUCAGAUCUUCAGCCUGCAGGCCAUCCUUGGGAAUCCCACAGGUUGGCCUGUGCUCUUCGCCAUCACAGGGAUUCCCGCACUGCUUCAACUCCUGACCCUUCCCUUCUUUCCCGAGAGUCCCCGCUAUACCCUGAUUCAGAAAAGAGAUGAGGACACAGCUCGACAAGCUCUGAGGGCACUGCGCGGCCAGGCUGACGUGGAGGAUGAGAUGGAGGAAAUGCGUCUGGAGGCCUGGGCUGAGAAGGCUGAGGGCCGCCUGUCCGUGCUCAACCUCUUCACAUUCCGGCCUCUGCGAUGGCAGCUCGUCUCCAUCAUUGUGCUGAUGGCCGGGCAGCAGCUCUCGGGAGUUAAUGCAAUCAACUACUACGCAGACAUGAUCUAUGCCUCGGCAGGGGUGGAUGCCGCACAUUCCCAGUACGUCACGGUGGGGGCCGGCGUGGUCAACAUAGUGAUGACUGUCAUCUCAGCCGGUAUCGUGGAGCUGCUGGGGCGGAGGUGCCUCCUGCUGACUGGCUAUGGCAUCUGUGGCUUGGCCUGCCUCGGGCUAACACUGGCGCUGCUCUUCCAGAGCACUGUCCCUGAGCUGUCUUACCUUGGCAUCAUCUGUGUCUUUGCCUACAUCGCGGGACAUUCCAUUGGGCCCAGUCCUGUCCCAUCCGUGGUGAGGACUGAGAUCUUCCUGCAGUCAUCCAGGCCGGCCGCAUUCGUGGUGGAUGGGGCUGUGCACUGGCUCACCAACUUCAUCGUCGGCUUUGUGUUCCCUUCCAUCCAGGAGCUCAUUGGUCCCUAUAGUUUCAUCAUUUUUGCUGGAAUCUGUCUCCUCACUGCUGUUUACAUCCACGUGGUUAUUCCUGAAACCAAGGGCAAAACAUUUGUGGAGAUAAACCAAAUUUUUGCUAAGAGAAAUGGGGUGGCAAUUCCAGAGAUUAAAGAAGAAAUAACAGAGUCUGGGCCUCCUGUGCUCUCUGCACCUGCCAAAGAGACUGCCUUUUGA